GGUGGGUCGAAUCCUGAUACUUUCAAAAGAGAAGCGCAGGAAAGCCUUGCAGCUAGGGGGCUUGAGUAAAGACUUCUAUUGUUCUUUGAGGAAGAGGGUAGUUAAAAGGUGUGGGAAACUGGGGUUACUGACAGGGGUGGGUGACAGUUUCAUGUUUCUUUAUGCCAACCACUCCUCUUCUGUGUCAUAUCUGUGAUGUAUUGAUGCUGCUAUUGGAAAUGUAUUAUGGGAAAGGGGGAGGGAGUCUUAAAAGUCCACGCAACCCCACACUCGGGGUUCCUACUCUUUGUGUAUUUGAACCUUGUUGCAACAAAUAAAGAUCAGGUUUACUGACUGCUGUUUUGCCUCUUUAAUCUAACUGGAGACUCCUUCUUUUGCUGACCAGAGGGACUCGCGGGGAGUAGCACCCCAACAAGCUGGGCAGCGGAGUAAUCCCACGCCCCAAUAUUUUUUCCUUAUCAGUCUUUUCCAAUGACACUGACUAGAAGCUGAAGGAGGAGGAGCCAGCAAUGGAAGGUGACUCAGUUGUGGAGAGAAUAGCUGCUUAAGGCAGGAGAAAUUCUGGUGCCCCAAAAAGAGCAACAUCCUUGCCAAAAGGCUUCAGCAGGCUGCAGUCCACUAUGCAGCCUAAGAAAGCAAUCAGUUACAUGCAGAAGCCUCAUGCUCUAAUGAUUUCAUGUAGAGCAGUUUCCCUUUUGACAAGACUUUGAAUAAUAUAUAAAUUGAAACUGAAUCCUGGCAAGACAGAGGCAUUAUAUGUUCCAAGUACUUGAGUUUAGGAGGUGCACUCUCUUGCAAGGUCAAAGCUUGAGGGUACUUCUGGACCUGGACCCAACAUUGUAAUUGGAGGCUCAAGUUAGAGCAGGAACCCCUGCCCUCAGCCGCAAGCCCAGGGACCCCAAGGUUCAUCUAGUCCCACCCCCUGCAAUGCAGGAAUCUCAACUAAAGCCUCCAUGACAGGUGGCCAUCUCACCUCUGCUUAAGAACUUCAAAGGAAGGAGAGUCCACCACCCUCUGAGGGAGAAUGUUCCAUUGCUGAACAGCUCUUAUGCUUUGCUUGCGGAAAGUCUCCAAAGGCCUGGGCCAACUUGAAGCCUACAUCGAUGCAGAAGAAGGUGUGGCUUUCCAGAUGGAUAACAACCUGAUCUGGGACUCAUUGGAUGGCCAAUACACAUGGGCCAUACAGGGUCUAACUGAAAAGUUGGCAUCUAGCAAAUUCUGGGUCACUUGUCUGCCUAUGGGAAAGGUUAUGCUGAGAAACUGGGCAGGGAAGUAUCUCGCUGCAGUGGCUAUAGGAGAAAACCCAGUAAACUUCCCCAUCCAGCCUGUUCAAUACUCAGAAGAUCCAUCUUUGCAGUUUGAGGUCUUUUACAAGGGCAAUAGGGUGGCUUUCCAGGCCUACAAUGGGCUGUUCUUGACCAGGACAUAUAGAGGGUUCACUUCAGUUGAAGCAGCCAAGUUGGUCGCUGAUGAUUCCUGUUAUUUCCGCCCCCUGAUUGGAGACCUCCUCCCCCCAAAGUUCAAAAUACUGAGGGUGAUCACAAGCGAUCUCUCUCACAUGAUAUACCACCACUCUGUCUUGGACAAGCAAGUCUACGCCAACCGGGGGGAAGCAGCAGUGAGGCACACUUUCGACAUGACUUGGGAGACGACCGUUGCAGACACCGUUUUCUGGAACAGUCUGUGGGGGCUUGGUGUGGAAACUUCCUGCCACUUCACUCUUGAAGAUGCAAUGCCUCGUUUGGAGUACACGGAGAACAAUGACCGGACCGUCCUUGUGCAGAGGAAUAUUUCUCAGAGGCUCACCCAGGAGGUGCUGGUGCCCCCCCACACUGAAGUCUUGGCCAAGCUUGUUGUCCACAGAAAUUCUACGGCUACUGUGUCAUUCACAGCUGUCAUCCAAAAGGUGAAAUCAAAUGGGGAUGUGGUGAUGCUGAACAAAGGUGGGCUCUGGAAGGGUCUUGUCUACCACGGGGUCCGUCUGGAGAUCACCAAGCGGAAGCUGAGCGAGCGCAGACCUCUUGAGGAAUGCCCCCUCCUGUGAUGUUAUGGGGAGUGGUGUCCUUCCAAGGGGGCCACGUGGACUGGAUGGCAGGUGGCUCACCCCUGAAGAAACAUAGCUAUGGCUGCUCAGAUUCUGGACCAUCCUGGUCCGUUGUCACUUUGACGACUAUUCCUGCUUAUCAAGGCAGGCAAGGACUGCUUCCUGGCUGUCUUCUGGCAGAUCCUUUCUACCUCCUAGGUGCCUGAAAAUGAUGGCUACCUUUUUUACGACAAAGAGGAAGAGAGCUCCUUGCCUUUUUAGCAUAAUUAACGCAACUUAAA